UCUGGGAGAAGGAUGCGCAGGAUGCCUGCUGCAUCCCCAUUCUCAUCACAGGCGCUCGCUGUGCUCACCUGGACCGAUGCGGCCAAAUCAAUGCUUAGGCUAAUCCCAGGCAGAAUUUGGGUUGCUGGGAUUGCUGAGGGGGUAUCCACAGGGCAGAGAUGAAGAGGGUCCUUGCCCCCUCUAUGGGACCCGCCAGGGAGAGCAUCCCAACAGAGCGCGGGGUGAGGUAAUGCCAUGCUCAUGUUGGGUCAGGCACUGCCGCGGGAGGAGGAUCUGGCUCGCUCCACGGGUCUGAAGCUUGGCUAAAUCCCCACUGAAUCACCCGUUGUUCCACUGACAGCUCGGGAUUUAUGAGAGCUGAAGUGGAUGGAUGGCAAUGAGCAAGUGAAAAAGCCAAGUCCCAGAUCCGACUUGUCUUCCCCUCGGCAGCUCCGGAAGACUCAGGAUGUGUGUUUUGGGAUUUAAUCCUGUCUGAACCCCUCUAUUUUGAGACGGAGGUGGAGGGGGAGCUUCAGGCAGCUGGAGUGCGUGUUGGUAGCUGCAUCCAAGGACAGCUCCUGCCCCGGCAGCUCCUGGAAGUGGAAAAACGCCGUUUCCCAAAAGCCUGUGGAAGAGCACAGGGAGGCUGGCGCUCGGAGACAUGGAAAGAUGCGGGGAGCAGCCAGAGAAACACGCUCCUAUCCUCACUCUGCUAAUUACACUCAUUAGGGAAGGAAUGCUGCCUCCGAUUGAGAGCCCUACCAGCUCCUUUUCAUCCCCCUGCCUGCCGAAAGCACGCACCGGAGCGCUCGGGAGUUGGGCUCUCUCCUGGAAAUGGGCAUUUCUCCUCCCAGGUUUCCCAGGGGUGCUCCCAACCCUCUCCUCCUGCUCCGGGUGAUGCCCCAGUUCACCUUCGCUUGCUUCUGCGGGCUCCAUGGCUUCUGCAAGAUGAAGAGGAAGAAAGAAGAGCCCAGCGCGGAGCAGGAGACCGCAGUGUGAGGAGCAGGCUCCUGCGUGCAUCCCCCUGAGCUGCGCCUUGGGACCCAUCCCCUUCCCCUUGAUUCUUGUGGGGCCAAAAGCAUGGGAAUGACCUUGCAAGAGGCAGAAGCGGAUGCUGUGGACGUUAUCCUUGUGCUGCGCCCUCGGCACCUGAGCAGGCAGUGAUGGAGGGACCCUGAGUACCAGCGGGGCAGAGACUCCCUCCUGAGCAACCGAGCCUGCCCUUGCUCCAGCAAGUCCCAACACACAGACAUGGAGGGGUCUUCAAAGCCGGGGCCAGACCUUGUCCUUCCUGGGGCCCUGUUGCUGCAGAGCCUGGCCCUGCCUGGUGAGGAGCGGCUGAACAUCAGAACCAAGCUGGUUUGGGGUUGGUUUGUGCUUUGAAGCAAGUGCCUGGCACUCCAGGAAGCCGCUCUCCGUGUCCUGCCCUGCUCAGGUUUUCCCUGUGUCCCAGAUAUUCCUGUCAUGUAAACCUGAGGCAGGCACCACUCACCCACCCCCGUUCCGUGUGCGUGGAAUGCAUCCCAUGUGCACACUCAAGCACUGGAGCUGCAGUUAUUUUCCCACCUCCCGGAUGGAUGUAGCUCUCCAAGCAGCAAUAUGUUUUCCACCAUGGCUCCGAGCAAAAUGCUUUGCUCCUGGGUUGACCUCUAUUGUGUUCAUAAACGGCUUGCGGUGCUUUUUGAUUCCCCCAUCAUAAUGACUUGACCUCUGGAUUGACGGCUGAGGCUCCUUUCAUCUCCACAUUGUUUCCCACCAGCCUCCAGCCUUUUCUGUAGCAAACCUGCCUGGAGCCGAGCCCCAUUCCGCUCACUUCCAUGGCUCCACAGUGGGCAGAUGGGCUUUUCCUCUUUCCAGUGGCAGCAUUUGAACAGGGCAGCGUCUGCUCCCGAAGGCUGGGAUGUGACAGCUCUUGUCACAGUGCAAACACUCUGUCUUCUUCUCUCUCCCCACAUUCACAGCCCCCUGGCUUGAAGGUCCCUUCAACCCAAAAGCCAGUCUGUGCUUCUAUGAUCCUAUGGAAUAACCCAGGCUAUCCUGAUGCAGGCACUGCAGCAGGAUGGGCAGCUUCCACCAAACACCCCGCAAGCAUCAGCUUGGGUUUGAGUGCUGUGUCUGCACAGGCAGGGCUAUUUCUGCAUCCCAGGUGGUUCCCGAGAGAAGAGAACAAGACAAAGCCUCCUUCCUCCCUCCCGCGGGCAGGAUGCUCUUCCAGCUGCUCCAUGCUCCCGCGCUGACUCCCUGCAUGGAGAAGUAUCUCAGGCAGCCUCAUAAUGCCUUCAGCCCAUGGCUGGGCUCA